AUGAACUCAAUAAGGUUAGCGCUGGAAAUCUUGCGCAAUAUUUCUGCUUUGAUUUUGUUGUCUAAGGCCUUACUCUAUCCAAACUAUUUUGCAGCUCGUUCUCGCCUUAUUUGGAUCCAAUUCUUCGUGUCCCUCAUCCACAGGAUGGUUGAAGCGUCUCUUGUGCAAAGCAAAGUCCUAAAUCGUCAGCCAAAGGAAGCCAAGCACACAACUAGCAUCAAAAAUACGUCAAAAUUCAUGAACACUACAGAAAGCAAUGAAGCUCCACAAGUUCUGAAGAUAUGCGUCCCCAUCGAAGGGCGGCAAAAUCUGGAGCGAAAACUGGAAGCAGCUCAGUGGAGCCAAUUUAUUGCGCUACUCUUGCUUCCCUCACCAGGGUGA